CUGACCUUGAAGGUUUGUCGCGUAAUAGAGGCUGUUUGAAGUUUCUGGGAUGUUUGGCGUUCUCGUUCGACGUCUAAGUACUUCUACUCCGGUGCUGGCACUUAUACAGCCUCCUAUUCAAGUGUUCGGUUUAGAAGGACGUUAUGCUUCUGCUUUAUAUUCAGCUGCUACAAAACAGAAAGCAUUAGAUAAAAUUGAGAAAGAUAUUCAAUUAAUUAAGAAUACACUUAAAAAUGAUGUGAAAUUACGUGAAUUUUGUCUUGAUCCAAGUUUACAAAGAUUAACUAAAAUUAAUGGAAUUGAUCAAGCACUAAACAAAUUAAAAGUGAAUGAAGCUACGAAAAAUUUAUUUGUUAUACUUGCUGAAAAUGGUCGUUUAUCUAAAAUUAAUUCAGUUAUUGACAAAUUUGAACAAAUUAUGACUGCCUAUCGAGGUGAAGUUAGCUGUACUGUACGAACUGCGAAACCGCUAGAUAAAACAUCAGAAAAUGAAUUACGGAAUGCCCUUAAUGGAUUUUUAAAACCCGGCGAAAAAUUACAGCUAACUUUAGAGAUCGAUCCAUCGAUUAUUGGUGGUAUGGUAGUUAGUAUCGGUGAUCGUUUUGUUGAUAUGUCAAUUGCUCGAAAGAUUCGCUCACUUCGCGGAAUAAUGGAACAACCAAUUUAAAAAGUUAUAUAUGUCGAAUUUUGAAAGAUAAAAAAUAUAUAGUUAUAUAUAUAAAAUAUACAUUGGAUCAUUUGACUUGUAGUCUAUUAUGUAAUUAAUAAUAAUUACCUUUGAAAAAAGUUUGUGUGAUAUUGUUA